GCUGAGUUUUCAGCUGUGAGCAAAUUUGACAAUCAUUUGAUAAUAUUUUUUUUUUUGCAAAAAUCUAUGCUGAAGUGCGAUUCUCAAAUUAGACAACUAUCAAAAUUAACUCGAUGAAGUUGAAAUGAGUUUUCUAAUUCAACUCAUACAAAGUUUUAUACAAAAGAUGCUUGCGCUUUUAUCGUUUGGGCAGAAAACCAUUACAAACAGUUUAAGUAUUUAUAUUAAAACCAACACUGGUAGAACGUUAUCUGUGAAUUUAGAACCACAAUGGGAUAUAAAAAAUGUUAAGGAGAUCGUUGCACCGCAAUUAGGUUUGCAACCCGAAGAAGUGAAAAUCAUCUUCGCUGGUAAAGAAUUGAGUGAUGCAACAACCAUACAGGAAUGUGAUUUGGGCCAACAAAGUAUAUUACACGCGAUACGGAGUCGUCCUCAACCGCAACGACAACGGUUACAAUCCACAGUACUGGAGGAAGAACCGCAAGAUAUUAUGAACAUAUCUACUUCUACUGGUAGAGCAACACCUUCCCCGCCAGAAGAACCAUCUAAACCAUUAUGCGAAACAUUAGUAGAUUUACAACUGCUGAGCGAAGAACGUAUAAAUAUUACUGAAGAAGAUCGGCAACGUACAAAGGCUCACUUUUUUGUGCAUUGUGCCCAAUGUAAUAAGCUUUGUAAGGGUAAAUUGCGUGUUCGCUGUUCGCUUUGUAAAGGAGGCGCAUUUACGGUGCAUCGUGAUCCAGAAUGUUGGGACGACGUGUUGAAACCUCGACGCAUAACUGGUCAUUGUGAAAGCCAAGAAAUUGCGUGCUUUGAUAACGAAACGGGAGAUCCGCCAUAUACCGAAUUUUAUUUUAAAUGUGGUGAACAUAUCUCAGGUGGAGAGAAAGAUUUCGCUGCUCCUUUAAACUUAAUUAAAAUUAAUAUUAAAGACGUACCUUGUUUAGCAUGUACGGAAGUUAGUGAAACUGUUCUUGUCUUCCCCUGUGAAUCGAAACAUGUUACCUGCCUAGAGUGUUUUGAGCAAUAUUGUCGUUCACGACUGUCCGAGCGGCAAUUUAUGCCACAUCCCGAUAUUGGGUAUACGUUACCAUGUCCAGCGGGUUGUGAAAACUCUUUCAUAGAGGAGAUUCAUCAUUUUAAGCUUUUGUCGAGAGAAGAAUAUGCCAGAUAUCAGCGUUUUGCAACGGAAGAAUAUGUAUUGCAGGCUGGCGGUGUAUUGUGUCCGCAACCUGGCUGUGGCAUGGGGUUAUUAGUGGAACCAGAAUGUAAGAAAGUAACCUGCCAGAAUGGGUGUGGCUACGUCUUCUGUCGCAAUUGUUUGCAAGGGUAUCAUUUAGGAGACUGCUUGCCAGAAGGUACAAGCACCAACGCCAGCGGAUCUUGUGAAUACUCUGUCGAUCCAAAUCGUGCAGCUGAGGCUCGUUGGGACGAAGCAAGCAAAGUGACGAUAAAAGUCAUGACUAAGCCAUGUCCAAAAUGUCGCACGCCGACUGAACGAGAUGGCGGUUGUAUGCAUAUGGUAUGCACGCGUGCCGGCUGUGGUUUCGAAUGGUGCUGGAUUUGCCAAACAGAAUGGACUAGAGACUGUAUGGGUGCACAUUGGUUCGGUUAAUAUUGUUCAAGUGUCCACGGCCAUUUAUCACUAUAUUACACGCUAUAUUAUUAUGCCACGAAACAACUUGUACGUAGUAAUAUUUUUGUAAAUUUUGUCUUCGUGCUCUUUUACAAUUUUACAAACGGACGGAUGUACAUAUAUU